GUUGUUCUUCACUCUUCCCCUCUGUCUUUCUCUCUUGUCCGUGGGCCAUCAAUCCUUCGACAUCUCUUCUCGUUCCAUUUCACCAUUUUAGGUUUUUUUCUUUACAGUGAAUCUGGGUUCACCAUCACCAGUGCUGGAUUUUUUUCUUCCUCCUCUCCUCUCUCUCUCAAUCCUUCGAAAAUCAAACUUCUUCCUUCCUUUCCCCACUCAUCCUUUUUCUUUCUUCUUUCUCUUUUUCCUUCUUCUUCCUCUCCCAAUCAAACCCAGAUCUGGGUUUUUCUCAAAUCCAGCUAUCCUAAGAAAUGGAUAAACUCGGUGUGUAAGAGCCGCCACCCGCAGCACUCGCUGCACAAGCACAUGGUGGAUCUCGAAAUGAAUCUUCAGAUGGUCUUCAAAGAGAUUGUCACCUCUCUCGAGGAGCACAGCGCUUCCGCCCUUCUCCGUGUCCCUCGUGCCACCCGUAACGUCCUCCACCUCCGUGAUGAUGCCGUUUCCUUCCGCAAUUCCGUUGCUGGAAUCCUCGACAAGCUCAAGAAGGAAGAAAUCGUGGUGGAAGGAACAACCAAGGAUGUGGCACAUGAUUUUAUGGCAAUAGAACCUUCUUCUUCCUUCACACCUCGGCCUUCUCCCUUUUCUUCCAGAAUCUUCCCUCUCGAACUAGCUUCCUCUCCCCUUUGUACCGAGCCUGUGCCCCCUGCUCUGCGCCCCUAUUUCCGGCAAUCAUACCCCUGCACGUUUGAGCCCCACUUCCAGCAAUCAUACCCCCCCUACACGCCUGCGCCCUACUUCCUACACUCCUACGCCCCCCUGCACGCCUCCUGCACCCCCCUCUUCUGCAUCGUGCCCUACCCCCUGCACGCCUACACCCCUGCCCUUGCCGCUUGCGCCCUUGCAGUUGCACCGAUCCUACGCCCCUGUACUGCUGCGCCCCCAAUCCCGGGCCUCUGCACUCCUACUUGCUACAGCCCUGUCCUUGCCUCACUUACAGAAGAAAUAGCGCAUACCAGACAAAAUCGGCAUCAUCAGUGAUUGAUGGAGCAAGUUUUUUUUUUGUUUUUCAUUUUUAUUUUAUUUUAUUAUUUGGGUACAUAUAUAGAAAAAAAAAAUCAGAUCAGGGGGGGUUCUUUGGUUGAUUUCGGGAUUUGGUUUUGGGAGUCUCUGUCUGGGUUUUCGAGAGCAGUAGAGGGAGAUUUCGUGGAGUUUCCAGAGGAGUCAUCAGAGAGUUAGCAUCUUCUGGGUUUUAUUCUCUUAGGUAAUUUCUAAACAGAGGAAUUUUUGGGAAGAGCCAUGAGGGAGAAGAAGGGAGCUUGAUCCCGUGGCUGGGAUCCCUUUGUAUCUUAAUCUGCUUUUUUUCAGAAAUUUCGUCUUGUUUGAUUCUGAUUGUCGUAGAUUUUUGCUGUAUUGAAAUUGUAUUAAAUGAUGAUAUUGUGAAUGAAAUCAAGCAUAUUUGUUGAA